UUGACAUCGGCCGCUUGAGGUGAAGUACCUGCUGCAGAGAUACGGAUAAGGAAGUGCUCGGUAUAAAAGCAUUCAUAACCGAUCGUAUGUUAGUCACUUGGCGGAUUAGCUUUCCAACUAGUUACUGUCGCCUAGGCUUGCUGUCUGGCAGAAGUAUAGAAGUUGCAAUGGACCAGAAAAAAUCUAGCAUGGCGACUUAUGUCUUAUUAAUAGUGAUUGUGACCUGGGUGUCAACGUCUCAAGCCAGUAAGUUUGAUUUUCCCGCUCACAUCGUUGGAGUGAAUUACUCGGCUCUGGAUGAUCUGGAGCCGUAUAUGCGUUUCAAAAAAGUUGAUCUCGGAGUCGAUAUCCUGGACGACGCAGCGCCUUUGCACAUAAGAAAAGCCUUGGCAGAUGCGACACUCUCCGACGAUCCUGCGAUCAACCAGCUCCAGUUCCCUGUUGGUUAUCCGAGGUUCCUCGAAGCAGUGGCUCGGUUCUACUCACCUCUCGUUGGCCAUGACUUGGUACCGGGGAAGAACGUUUUCGCCACAAUCGGUGCGACUGGCGCAGUCUACGACGCUUUCCAGGGCCACACCUCACCCGGAGACGAAUGGAUCGUUAUUCAACCGGCCUAUACCAUGUACUUGCCCAUGAUCCAAUUGGCUCGUGGUGUACCUAGGUUCACCAAUCUCAAGCUCGCGAAAAAGAGCGGUCAAAUCACAGGUGAGGAUUGGGUGAUCGAUCGCGAGCAAAUGGAGAGUCUCUUUAACAAUAAGACUAAAGGAAUCUUGCUGAACAACCCAUUGAACCCAUUGGGCAAAGUGUAUACCCUCGACGAACUCGAGUUUAUUGCUGGACUGGCCAAAAAGUACAACACCCUCGUGAUCUCUGACGAGGCCCACGAGUGGAUCGCUCACAAGCCGCACAUUAGAAUCGCUUCUUUACCCGGAAUGUGGGAGCGCACCAUAACUAUUGGAUCAUCGAGCAAAUCGUUCAGUGUAGCGGGAUUCCGAGUUGGUUGGGCUUAUGGACCAGCAAAUAUAUUAAACCAUCUCAAGACCAUUCACAAGAAGACCUCAGAGACUGCACCAACCCCACAACAGGCUGCUCUAGCAUUCGGCUUCGAGCAAGAAUACCGAGACUUCGGCAAACCUGACUCGUUCUUCGCAGUUCACAACCGCGAGGUUCAGGCCAAGCGCGACUUUAUGGUUAAAGUGUUAGAAAAGGUGGGUCUCAGACCAAUCGUACCAGGUGGCGGAUAUUGUUUGACACUUGAUUGGACGACCCUCAGGGGUAAACCGCUUGUGAAGACAGAGGACGCAAGUAUGGAGUUUUCCAAGUGGCUACUCAGCAAGGCUGGUGUGGUUGUACUGCCCCUUUCCUCAUUCUAUGCUGAUGGAUACAAGCAUCUCGGAGAUAACUAUUCUCGAUUAUGCUAUCAUAAGAGCGACAAAACCCUUAAGAAAGCAGAGGAGCAGCUGCAGAAAUUGUUGCAGUACCGAUAUUAAUUCGUAUUAAUAUCUGUAAUAUAGGAUUGUAAUUAGUUAGAUGAAUCUCUCUCUCUCUCUCUCUCUCUCUCUCUCUCUUGAAGUAAUUCGUUGUCGGCGCGUUAAACGAGUGCUAUGAUGUGGAUUACUCAUGGAUAUCAGUAAUCUUUUCCUCGAAAGGCCAUACAAGUAUAGUUUAUAAACUAUUGUUAGCAAUUAUAGUAUAGUUAUCUAAAAAGUCUAGAAAGACAACUCUUUUGCAAGGUAAAAUGCUGGCAAAUAUAAGUUAUUAUUCCAUAUUUGUUCAGUUUUUUUCUUGUAUAAAUACAUCAUAUUUCAAUCAUUAUUUACUCAUAGUAAAAAUAUUUGGAAAAUCGUUGUGAAAAAAUAUCAGUAAAUUAUUGCCUCCUAUUAAGAUUGAAAAAUGUUUGUAUGUUUGAGAUGGGACCAGUUAGUCAGCGGAAGUAAAGUUGUCGUAUGUUCAGAUAUCGCGUAUGCUUUGUUUUCUUGCAAAUGUUAAAAUUGUAAGCCAAUAUUGUCAACAAAAUGAUUUCUAUGAAAGUUUUGUUUAAAAAAAACAUAUUAUAAUGUAAAAAAAUUAAGUUAGUCUUUUUAAAAAUAUACAGAAUACAUUUUAUACUCAAAUAUAAUACAUUGCAUGCGAACAAUUAAUUGGUUAACAAUUAUAGGAAGCUAGGAAUAAAUGAAUUAUCAGCAGUCUUUUAUUUUGUGUAUCUUAUAUAUUUAGCAAUCGUAAUCAGUACAAUGUAAUUGUAUUUGUUACAGGUAACGCUAAUUAACUAAAUAAACUAUAAUCAGAACUUA